AUGGUUGGAACUUUUCCAAAAAAGAAUAACGGGCCACCGAGAAGAAACGAUUUCAACAAAAAUCGAAAUUUCAAGCCAAAGUUUGCACCAAAAGAAGAAACCGCACCAGAACCCGGAAAUCGAUUCCAAAGAAAAGCGAAUUUCAACAGAAAUCAGGAAAAAGAAGGAUUUCCAGAAAAUAGAAACAAACCACAAGGAAGAGAAUUUAGAAGAAAAGAAGAAGGGCAAGAAUUUGAUCACAAUGGACAAUUGAAAAAGGUAUGAUUGUUUUGGGGUCAGAAUUUAUGGAAAAUUAUGUUAGUUUCAAACAUUGUCGUUGCGCUCUCAUAGAAAAGUUUUGGAAAUCGUUGAAAUUUUUUUUUGAAGCAUAUAACUUUUAUCUCACAAAUCUUAACUUAAAAAAAUAUAAAUUUAAUUUUUCAACGUUCGAGCUUCCCGAAUUUUCCAGCUUCACCCGCUUCCACCGAGAAAACGUAAUGGAAAAUUUAUUCGAGGUAGAAGGGUCACAAAAAAUGACAAAGCUCUUGUAGAAUUCAAGAAUUCCGCGAAUAUUCUCGUAGAAUCCAAGAAUACGGCGCAUAAUGUUCCGCUUCAACGUAAAAAGAAUGGACAGUUCAAGAAGGCUAAGAAAACCUAAUAAUUUUUAAUUAAAAACCAUUCACUGUACACUUUGUUAAAUAUUGUAAAUUUUUGUUGAUCGAAAUAUUGUUUUUUUUUCGUACGAGAAAACAGUUGAAUUUUCUAUUGGAAAUAUUGAAGAAUUGGGAAAACGAACAAUAAGGAAUAAAAUCCCCAAUUUAAAAUGAUUUUUGCAGCCGGGAUCCAAUCCGAAACCAUGGGAGAGAAAACGUCCAAAGUUUGAUAAAAAGUCGCAGAAAAAUCCAGCUGUUAAAGGGACAUCCACUGACUAUGCACAAUUGGCGAAUUCGGAUGAAAGUGAUGAUGGAAUUCCAGAUGUUGAUGAUAUGUUAGAUGGUGAAAUUCCACUUAUAAAUACAUCAUCAGCAAAGAAAACUGUUGCUCAAAAAUCGCAGAAAAGUAAAGCUCCGAAGUUUGUGAAACCUGAAUCUGAAGAUGAACAGGAAGAAGCAGAUGAUGGAGAUAUUGAAAUGAAACAAGAAGAAGGUGGAGAAUCAGAAGAAUCAGAAGAUGAAGACGAAGAGGAACGAUUGAAAUUUCGAGAAGAAAUGGCAAAUAUGCCUAUUGGCAAAGUUCGAGAAAUGAAAGAAAAAUUGGGAAUUAAAUUAUUCAAUAAAACUUAUUUUGGAGAAAGUGAACAAUCAAAAUUAGCGAAAAAAGAAAAGAAAAAAGAAGAGGACAGUUCAAAAGGACAACAUCGACCAAAAGAAAUGUCAUCCAAAAGGCCAGUUUCUUCAUUUAGAAAUAUUUAUGGAGAUCAUGAAAAAUCAGCGAAAGUGAAGAAAUGGGAUCCAAGAUUUGAUGAAAGAGCUGGAAAUUAUAAAGAAGUUUGCUUUGAAAAUAAUUAUCAAUUUUUGGAUGAAAUUAGAAAAGACGAAAUUGAGGUGAGAAGAUUUUACAUUAUUUUUUCAUGGAAGAAAUUUAAAAAAUUUUCAGGAACUUCGUCAACAAUAUAAUGAAGCCAGAGCUGAAGGAGACGAACACACAGCAAAUCGAGUCAAAAAUGUGAGUUUUUUAUGUCCCAUUUAAAAGAUUUUUAAGAUUGAUCAUCUGAAAAGCCAUGUUUCUAUAAAAUUAGAAAUGCAAAUCUGACAAUGAGUUUUAAUGGAGUUUUAGUUUUUUCUAAGCUGACACGGAAACUUUUGGUCUAAUUUUUUGAGCCUCAUAAAAAAUUAGAAAUAGAUCCAGAAAAUAAAAGUUUACAGAAAACAAUUCAGAAAUUUCUAAAUAAAAAUUCAAAAAGUCACCUGAGUUUUCUAACUUAUCUACAACAAUAUUUGCAGACUCUUCAAAAAAUGGAAACUCGCGAAAAAACUCGAGCUGAAAAACGCCGCCAAACUGAGACUCGAAAAGAAUUGCAUGAUGAAAACAUCGAGAGAAUGUUACGCGGAGAAGCACCGAUUUUCAAAACAAAAGCGGCUGUUCGAAAAAUUGAUAUGGAAAAGAAGUUUGAAAGUCUCAAAAAGGAUAACAAAUUGGAUAAAUAUUUGGAAAAGUUUGUGCCAUUUUUUCGAAAAAAGUUGUGAUGAAUUUUUUUUCAGGAAAUCAAAAAAGGAAGCGGGAAAACUCAAAAAAUCCAGGCCGCCAUUCGAAGGAUAUGGAUUUUAA